AUGUCGACACAGGACUCGAGGAGCGUGCUCUUCACGCACACCCACCCCCAGCAGGGUUUUCGAUUGCUAGAACUCCCUCCGGACCUGGAGGAACUGCUGUCUUCCAAAGAUGCCCCCGUACUUGAGCUCAAAUCCCCCUCCGCCGCGCUUGCCCAAGCAGUCACCACCGACCCCAAUGCCCGCGAAUACGUGAACAUCUGCACCCCGACAAAAACCUACCGCAUCCGCCAAGUCCAGUCUUCCAAUUCAUUGCACAUCCUCCGCCCAAGUCUCGGGCACAUCUCACGAGCAGACAUCAAAGUCAUCGAAGAAGAAGCCGGCGAGAGCGGCGCCCUGAACCUGCCCGACGAGGCCGUGACAUCUAUCGCGAAAUGCGGGUCAACGCUAGAAUUGCACACCCCUCCGGAGGGGUUCUCGGAACGUCCAUUCUUAGAGAAAAUGCUGCGUCUGUAUGAUCGGCGGAGUGAGGAUACCGAGGAUGGUGAUGGUGAUCUUGAAAUGGGAGAUGCGUCGCGCGCGACAGCUAGCUUGGGGCCCAAGGAGAUGAGGGAGCACGUAUGUGCUGAUAUCCCCGUGUCUACAGCACAGUGUGAUGAGGGCUGGACGGAGCUCUGUGCAUUCGUACAUGGGAAGCAACAGCUGGCGGGCUGGAGACCCUCGGCUAGAGCGCGGUUGAAUGUGUGGAAGCGCUUGAUGGAGGGCGCGGUCUUGCAAGGCAUCAAUCUGGAGAAACAAUUUCUUGUGGGGGAUUUGUGGAAGUCCGUUCUUGACGACGAUGAGACGUCGGAACCGCCAUUCCCCCGGGCUCUUCUUGAAGCGGUCGUGCGGAGACUCUGUGUGUCUGAUGAACGACCACCACUGGCGGAGGAACUCAAGUGGGCAAGCUUCGACAAAGUCGAGUGCACACAAUGGGUUGGGGAGACAUAUCUAGCGGCUAUAGCUCCGACAGCGUCUUCUGCCAUUGGCAGAAGCGAAUUUCUCCGCGCGUGGAAGGACUGCUUGCCCGAGACUUGGAGAGAGGAGGCUGUUUUGUCCCAACUGAGCGACGGUUCAUACAAGAACCCGGAUGCAACAAGUAUACACUUCGUCGAAAUUUCACAGCGACAGAAAACCAGCAAAGCUGCCGCUGCUGGAUCGGCUCCAACGGCUAGUACCAAAACAACCCGAAACUGGCAUGAGUUACUCAAAGCUCAAAAGAGCCGCUGA